GCCUAGUCUGCUGUACAGCGAAGGGGUGGCACCAAAGAGACGGCGGAUAUCAUCCUCCUGCUCACCAGAAGAGCACGGGUGGUAGAGGAUGGCAUCCGGGCGUAGCGGCUCGUAUUCCUCUCCAUCCUCCAGUUUCAACGCUGGCUAUGGGCAAAAUCAAAGCGGGGAUACGGCCAGUGAGGACGAGGACGGGCAGAACCUCUGGUCUUCCAUUCUGAGUGAAGUCUCAACACGGUCACGCUCUAAGCUACCAUCUGGCAAAAAUGUGCUGCUACUCGGAGAAGAUGGGGCAGGCAAGACAAGUUUGAUAGGAAAACUUCAGGGAAUAGAGGAGUACAAGAAAGGAAGAGGAAUGGAGUAUCUGUACAUUAAUGUUCACGAUGAAGACCGAGAUGAUCAAACAAGAUGCAACGUGUGGAUCUUGGAUGGUGAUCUGUAUCACAAAGGACUCCUAAAGUUUGCCACGGAUCCAAGCAAUGUUCGGGACACAUUAAUAAUGCUAGUAGUAGAUAUGUCCCGGCCAUGGCUGGCACUGGAUUCAUUGCAGAAAUGGGCUAGUGUGAUCAGGGAACAUAUAGACAAACUUAAGAUCCCACCUGAAGAAAUGAGAGAGAUGGAAGAGAAAAUUGUAAGAAAUUUCCAAGAAUAUGUAGAACCAGGAGAAGAAUUUCCUGCUUCUCCUCAGAGAAGAAACACUUCGUCAGAAGAGCGGGAUGACAGCAUCAUUUUACCUUUGGGAGAAGAUACACUUACACAUAACCUCGGCAUUCCUGUAGUAGUAGUUUGCACUAAGUGUGACGCCAUCAGUAUUUUGGAAAAAGAACACGACUACCGAGAUGAGCAUUUUGACUUCAUUCAGUCACACAUCAGGAAGUUCUGUUUACAAUAUGGUGCCGCACUUAUUUACACAUCUAUAAAAGAAAACAAAAAUAUUGAUAUUGUAUAUAAAUAUAUUGUUCAGCAGUUAUAUGGAUUCCAAUUUAAUAUGCCUGCUGUGGUUGUAGAAAAGGAUGCAGUAUUUAUACCAGCAGGAUGGGAUAAUGAUAAGAAAAUAGGAAUAUUACAUGAGAAUUUUCAGACACUAAAACUAGAAGACACUUUUGAAGAUAUCAUUAUUAAGCCACCUGUGCGAAAGUUUGUACACGAAAAGGAAAUUGUAGCGGAGGAUGACCAAGUGUUUCUUAUGAAGCAGCAGUCACAGUUGGCAAAGCAACCACCGGCUACAGCUGGACGCCAGGAUGCUUCCCCGAGGGUACCUGGUGGCUCGCCUAGAACCCCGAGUAGAUCAGGAAGUACUAAUGUUGCCAGUGUGUCACCAGUUCCUGCUGGCACAAAGAAAAUUGAUCCUAACAUGAAAGCUGGAACAACAAGUGAGGGAGUCCUUGCUAAUUUCUUUAACAGCUUGUUAAGUAAGAAAACUGGGUCACCAGGUGCUGGUGGUACAGGAAUCCCUGCUGGCAAUUCAACUGGUAACAGUUUGCCAACAUCUGCCAAAAAAACAGGACAAAAACCUGUUCUAACAGAUGUUCAAGCUGAACUGGAAAGAAUUUCACGGAAACCUGAUAUUGUCUCACCUACGAGCCCGACAUCACCUACAGAAAAUGACACAUCCUGAAGCGACCAAAAACAAAAAUCAGCCACUUGUCUAAAUCCUUAAAGUUCUCUCAUUUCUGCCCUUUCCCUCCUCAGUUGUUGUGGAUCUGCAGAGACAAACCUUUUUUUUUUUCUGAGGACACUUGACAUGUUUAUGUAUGUUUACCAGAUUAAACAUGGAUUUUGUGAAAUAGUCAAAAACCAAACUGGACUUGUUUAGAACAAAUCUUUUUCAACGUUCAUUCUCAUGUUUCAUUAAGCUGCUGAUAAUCUACAAAUUUAAAUAGUUAAUUGCUAUAUAAAUUAGAUUUUUGCCUCUGUAAGCUGGUUAUCAUAUACCACUUUCUUCUAUUUUGGAAGAUAGCUUGAUGGUAGAAAUUAUUUUGAUGAAUGAAAAGAAUAAAAAAAAAAAAAGGCAAACGCUUUGUGCAAAAUAGUGAUUCAGUACCCAUAUGGGGUUAAAUUUAAACGUCAUUAAAUAUUGCUGCUAAGCUUACAAUAAAACAACUUAAGCCCACACGGGCUUGAUCUACUACUAGUUACAGCAUUUUGUGUAAAAUGAACAAAAAGGAGGUUACAGCGGUUUAUCACUUUAUCAGUUAUGUGGCCCUGCUUUAGAAGAUCUCUCUAUGGUGUCAUUUGGGGCUCAAAAAGAGCCUACAAAUAAACAAUCAUUUAAUAAAGUUGUAUUUAUUUUCUGUGUA